CCGCCCCGGCCCGAUGCUGGCCCUCGUCCGGCCGUCGGCCUCUUCAACCACAGGGCGUUCCUGGUGAUGGUGAUCUGCCUGGUGGCCAACGCCGUGCUCGGGGUCGCGAUGGACCUGGCCCUGGCGCCCGCCUACUACUUCGCGCACGGGCCAGGGUGGCACACCGCGCCCUGGUCGCCGAGCAUCCAGGGCGCGCUGGCCGUUCACCUCGUGGUCCAGGCCAUCCUCGCCUGGUAUGCGGUCCCCAUCUUGAGGCUGCACGUCGGGUUCGUGACGCGGAACGAGUUGGCGCAGGAGUGGAAGGAGGAUACGAACUAUGUCGUAUUCGAUGAGCUGACCGGGGAGCCCAGGGAGAUCGAUGACCUGACCGAGGAGGAGUACGACGAGUUGUUCGACGACUUUGUGUACGUCAAGUCGAGGAAUGUGUGGGACCAGGGUUGCAUGCGGAACUGGAUGCUUUUCUGGUGCGCGCCCAGAUGUGACCCCGCGGAGCUGGGCGAGUUCUAG